AUGGAGGGAGACACCACUGUCCGGAGACUAAAACCCUUUGGGAUUCAACAUUAUGUCGCUCACGACAGUAGCGGAGACCAGGUCCGGUGCGGGAAUAACGGCUACAACGGUGAGCCGAAGAGGAAGCCCGAAGUGAGCCUUUACCUGCUGCGGGAAGGGCUCGCAGCUUCCCUGGUCUCCGUGUUUAUUUUGGUGCUGUGGGGACUCGUUCAUUUGUCAUUGCAGCAACUUGUCGUUGGAAAACCAACGGGCGAGUUUAACGCAGUGCGAGCCAGGCAGCACUUAGAGCAGAUUACUAGUGCUGGUCCUCGGCCAGUGGGCAGCCAGGAGAAUGAGGUCCUGACAGUGGGAUACUUGUUGAAGCAAAUUGAGAACAUCCGGGCUGAGACCGCUGGAGGCCCUCAUCAACUCACGAUUGAUGUUCAGCAUCCCACUGGUACCUUCUCCAUUGAUUUUCUCGGAGGCUUCACUAGCUUCUACGACCGUGUCACCAACAUCGCUGUUAGGCUGGAGCCUAAGGGUGGUGCGGAGCACCUUAUGCUCGCCAACUGCCACUUUGACACAGUGGCCAACAGUCCAGGUGCCAGUGAUGAUGCAGUGAGCUGUGCCGUGAUGCUGGAAGUCCUCCGUUCUCUGGCCAACCAGUCAGCUCUGCUUCACCAUGGCGUCAUCUUCCUGUUUAACGGGGCAGAGGAAAACGUACUGCAGGCCAGUCAUGGCUUCAUUACGCAGCACCCAUGGGCCAAGCAGGUGCGAGCCUUCAUUAACUUGGAGGCUGCAGGUGUUGGUGGCAAGGAGGUUGUUUUCCAGACAGGUCCAGAGAACCCCUGGCUGGUCCAAGCCUACGUGCAAGCAGCAAAACACCCCUUUGCCUCUGUGGUCGGCCAGGAGGUCUUUCAGAGUGGUGUCAUUCCCUCGGACACAGACUUCCGCAUCUAUAGGGACUUUGGUAAUAUCCCAGGGAUUGAUCUGGCUUUCAUUGAAAAUGGCUUUAUCUACCACACCAAGUAUGACACCGCUAACAGGAUCCUGACAGACUCGAUACAGAGAGCAGGUGACAACAUCCUGGCUGUUCUGAAGUACCUGCUAAUGUCAGAGCAGCUGGCUGAUUCCUCAGAGUAUCGUCAUGGCAAUAUGGUAUUUUUUGACCUGUUAGGAGUGAUUGUGGUAGCUUACCCAGCUCGAGUUGGCACUAUUCUCAACUACAUGGUGGCUGCAGCCACUUUCCUGUAUCUGGCCAAGAAAGCAUCACUGCCAGGCAAUGGGGGUGGGCGCUAUGUUCGAGACCUGGCCUGGGCCACUGGUGUAGCGUUGCUCAGUUGGUUUGUCACCCUGCUGUCGGUGCUGAUUGUGGCUCUGCUUGUCACUCUGUUGGGCCACUCCAUGUUUUGGUACAACCAUUUCUAUGCCUCUGUCUGCCUGUAUGGAGCUGCAGCCACUGGCAAGAUGAUCCUCAUACACACACUGGCCAAGAACCUGUAUUAUGGGGGCGUCCGCCUGGUGGAGCUGGGUGACCUUUACUUCGAUGUGAGCUUGUUGCUGUGGUGCUGCAGCCUGGUGUGGCUGACCCAGCGCGGCCUGUGUUCAGCCUACGUGCCCAUGCUAAUGGUGGCUUUCCCUCUGGCUGCCAGACUGCUGCUGGCAAAAGAAUUCAAGCACAAAGGAGCUUCAGUGAAGUACUGCAUACUCUACCUGUUGGGCCUGGCGCUGCCAUAUGUCCACUUCAUGUUUCUCAUCUGGGUGGUGUUUGAGAUUUUCACUCCCAUCAUGGGGCGCAGUGGCACAGAGAUCCCCCCCGAGGUGGUGCUGGCCUCCUUAGUCACACUGGCAACCAUCUUCCUCUCCUCCUUUUUUCUACAUUUCAUCUACUUGGUGCGGAGCACGAAGUGGAUCCUGGCUGGUCUUGGCUUUGUCUUUAUCAUCAUGUUCCUGUUGGUGUCCUGUGGCCUCUUCUUUCCUUAUUCGGGGAGUUCAGACAGCCCACGACCAAAGAGAGUUUUCCUGCAGCAUACAACGCGGACAUUCCACAAUCUCCAGGGCCAGGUGGAGAGCCGAGACUCGGGUCUGUGGAUAAACAGCUUUGACUACACAGGCAUUCAACACAUCACACCCCACAUCCCUGAGCUCAACGAAAGCGUUCGGACCCGCUGCAGAGAGGACCGACCUUUCUGUGGUUACCCCUGGUUCCUGCCUGUCAAGUUCCUCAGCAAGAAGAACUGGUACCUCCCAGCUCCCGAGGUGUCUCCAAGCUCUCCAGUGGAGUUCAGCCUGUUGUCCAAAGAGGAGACGGGCUGGGGAACGAUCAAGAUGACUUUCAGUGUGAAAGGCCCGAGCCACAUGUCUCUGUAUCUGAUGCCUCAUCAAGGUGCCAAGCUCUCCACCUGGUCCUUUGGUGACGGGACGCCUCGGUUUGACCUGAGUGGAGAAUAUUUUAUCUUCUAUUCGCAUGGCCUUGACGCCCCCACAUGGACCUUCUGGUUUGAAAUACAGCCUCCCACAGACCCAGACCCAUCCGGCCCUGAGGGGAUCAUCUCAGUCGCUAUCUCCUCCCAUUAUUUCUUUGGGAAAGACCAGAGGACUGCUCAGUUGGAGGAAAUCCUCCACCGGUUCCCCACGUGGACUUUCCCCUCUUUCUGGGUCAGUACCUAUGACAUGUACCGAUACUGAGGACGUCGCACAUCCCAAGAGGCUGCUGCAGAGGAGAGCUUAGGCCCACAGGGGUCCAUGAGACAGGGAUAGAAGAAAUUACAAGGAACAAUACAGAGGAGCGGCCCUGCUGCCUUUUCACUCAAACUGUAACACACAAAACACGUGCGCUCUACCUAACCAACCUGAGACCCCCAUCACUGUGUCAGUGGGCACUGUAGUUAACCCAGGAGGAAGACACACUCAGUGAUGCCCAGUGCACUGCUCACUCCUGGGUUAGUGACAUGAAGGGGUUACUUUUUGUUGUUGUUGUUUUUGUCUCUACUCGGUCUAUUGUGCCUUUGCUUUACUCGCUUUAACUCACUUUUCCUUUCACGCACAUCCACCCCCAUUCUUCCUCACUCACACCAGCACUCUUCCUGAAUGACUAACAUCACAUGGCUACCUCCACUGCUCUUUAUCAGCAAACCGCUCAGGCCAUCGACAAACCGAGCGUGUCUCUGGCUUCCUCUGCAAAAAUUACACCCCUACCAACCACUCUGUGCAUUGUAGGUGUAAUAACACACUGAUGGAGGUGUUCCUCUCCUCCUCUGAAUUUCAACUGGAAACUUUGACACCUUGAAAGUCACUUUUCAUCAACCUGCACUUGUUAUAUUAUAAGCAGAUAUUUUUUGAUUUAGCCAGCCAGUUAAGUAUGAACUUGCUUGUCCUUCCUUACUAAGACCACUGAUAUAUAUUUUUUUAUUUUCUGCAGCCACAUGUUUUAAUGAGGAAUGUAACAUCUGCUUAAACUGUGGGACGACGUGGCGUGCAGACUGCGCUAAAUGGAAACAGCUGGCCGUAUAUGGCACUGUGUUUCACCUGACGUGUUUAUGCAAAUGUUUGAUUUUGAUUUGGGGUUCGAGAUUGUUUGAGACUAUCCCCUGAGUCUUGUGGGUGACUCCACGGAGGCGCCGCAGUCAAACCUUUGCAUCCAUGUCAGAUUUGCUCUUACUGUAGUAAUAACUGCACUUUUUUUUUUUUUUUAAAGAAAAAAACAAAAACUUGACUGUGCUCCGAGCUGUCUCCAGCAGCACCACUGAAUGUUUAAAUGAAUCUUUUGUUUCAUGAACAGAAGCAGAGCUACAAUGUCGUUUUUCUGCUGCUCCCAGAUUUUCAAAUGGGAUGCUCUGCUUUUGUUUAUUGUAUAUGAAAGUAAAUGAAUUACCUUUUGGGUUUUGGACUGUGAGUCAGAUCAUUUAUGUCGGGGACCUGGGAUGGGCUUCUCUUACCACUUUUUGAUCUUUCCUUUUCUUGAAUGUAAAACGGUGCACUGGUGCUGCUGGAGAACUCAUUUUUUGUUUGUUUGUUUUUACCUCUCAUUUCAUGCAGAGCUCCAUUUUUUUUUUUUCUGUAGCCCACAACCACAGUCCAGCCAGUCAGCUUCACAUAGUGUCACCAUUACCUCCAGAGUGAUCAAACCAACACUGAGAUAAACAUUUCAGAUUGAACGCUACUGCUGGAUAAAGCUAACAUAGAUUAACUAAUGGUGGAAAGAGAGAUUAUUUUAAUGGUUUAUAAACCGUCACCCUGUUUGUCUGUGGGCUACCUCCGUUUUCAGAUUUAUCCAUACUGUUCUCUUAAAUGUUACACACCUGUGUUUUACGAAAGUCAGACUUCCUGACUUUAUGACUCCUUUAAUGGAGUCAACGGUGGAAUCGGUUUGUUGAUUAACUGAGCAAAGGUCAUCGUGAACCAUGUUGUCCGCCCAGCUCGAGUCCCACAAAACGAGAAAUCACAAUGAAAGGAGGCCUUAAAGUUUUGCUUCCAAAGAUGCACAAAAUGCUGUUGUGAACAUAAACAUCUCAGUGGUCUUAAAAGCUAUCAAGUGCCACACUGUAAAGCAUUUUCAUGCACCUUGAUUGUUAACAUCCGUCACAGCCUUCAACAGAUUGGCCCCACUAUGCUUUUUUUUUUUUUUCCUCCGUUCUUUUUAUGCACCGGAUGAGCGAAACUGAAAAUCACAAACAAUUUAAAGUUGUGAAAUUGAUAUUAAGCAUCCAGAAAUCCAGCCUGGAGCUGUUCUGGAGCUACUUCUCAGCAGCUGAGUUUGUGUGCAUGUUCACUCACAGGUCAGAUCAAAAAGCUGAAAGCUGAUUCUUUUUGCUGGUUUCAUAGCAAGGAAUUAACUUUCGUCUUAACUUGAACAAUACGUGCUUGAAGCGCUCUGACUCCACCUGUUGAUAAAGACAGUGUGAUGCAGGCGAAAGCUCCCACUUUGGACCUUGUGCUGGUUUUUGUCCAGUCAGAUGAACUUAUCAGAUGACUGCUGCAAAGAGUUUUUGCUUCUAUUCUAAGUUUUUUGGGGUUUUUUUUGCCAUUUACCUCAUGAUAACAUGCAUCACCUCACCCCUCUGAUGAGUCUCUACAGUUUGAUUUGCACGCUGCACUAAAACCUUGGGGAAAAAAAAACCUACUUGUACGAUCCUUGCUGAUGUAAACAGAGAUCAGGGCUCAGAGAUGUCUUCUCAUGUUGACCUUUGAUGUAACACCCUUUAAGGGGCUCCUGAAGAUAAGCCACUUAGUGUUUUUUUUUUUUUUCUUUUUCAAGGACAGAAGAUGGAUCUAUAUUUGAUAGUCGAUGCAGGAGUUGAAGCUUUAUUAGCUGUUUUCUAAAAAUGUGUUGCUCAGUAGCAUUGCGAUUGAUUUCAGAGACCGCAGGAAAGCAAAGAGAUGGUAAACACUUCGAAUUGUGGCGAAAAAACGUGACAAUUUUUACAUCGAAUGGAUGACUGACAGCAUAAGAAGGUGGCAGGUACUGCUGUAAAUGUGGGAUGGAGCAGGGAGACGCUGUGAAAUGGCUCAUUACACUGCUGGUGCUCCCACUGUUAGACUAAAGCUCACAGCGAGCGCCGUCAGUGAGCAUUACAUAACAAAAAAAAAGAACACACUCCUUUUCAGAAAUAAGUGAGUCUAAUUUUACUUUGUGACAGGAUCUAAUGUAAUAGUGUGAGCUAGUGUAGACUCAGAGGCUGACAAAGCACUGCACGUUUUUGUUGUCGAGUGCGAAUUCACACUUUGGACUUUAUCACACAAAAGAGUCAAGUUUAAAAAAAAAAAAGUCCAUAUCAGUUCGAGAAAGACACUCUUUAACUGUACUCUUAUGGAACGUGUUCAAAUGUCUUAAAAAUAUAAAGUUAAGUUUUUUGUUUCCUUUAAAUUGACCUUUCACCCACACCUGUAACUGUUCAAUGUUUGUUUUCAAAGUUAAGCCGAGAUGUGUUCAAACGAGACUGAUUUUUUUUUUCUUCUGAUCGUCACAUAACUAUUAGGUUUCUCCCUUGAAGCUGAAACUGUUUCACUGUUCUUAAAAAUGCAUCUUUGUUUCCUGAGUUGGAAUUAUUGACUGUUGAGCUGUUUAACAGGCUAUCCAUCUGUUCAAUGGAGGGGGUGAUUUUUACAUUAUGCAAAAAGUUUGAAUUAAUUUAGCACUUGUACAGCAAUUAAAAUGCUUCUUAAGUUAA